AUUUUCCUUUUUGUGGUCUUUCACGUGUAGAUGGUAUCAACUUCAUGGACCAUCUAAACGUGUUUCAGGAUGUCGCACUACCAUGCAUGCCCGAAUGCUAACUCACGAUUCCUUGCAUUCGUAAAAGAAACAAUGACCAUUAUAGAUGCUUUGGAGUUGCACAAAGUAGUAAUACAGCGCAUAAUGUUAUUGAUAUUUCUAGAAUCAGAUCAUUGUUUGAAGAAUGCUUGUCACAAAGGGAGUAAAGGUGGCUGCUUGGACUUUGUCAUGAAAGAUGAUUAUGUCAUACUACAUUCCCCCGAGAGAAGGUAGGCUGUUGCAUAUUGCUCAAAAGAAAAACACAAUGGGUGAAAGCAUCCGAAGACAGAAAUCUAUGUGGGAUAGCAUUGAGGAGACUCCGCAACCAGCUCCAGUUGAUGACAAACAUGACAGUUUUACAACUGUUCAUAUGGAUCAUAACCUGAAAUGGUCUGACUCAGAUGCUAAUAAUUCAGCAAAACCCAAAGAUUCAAGGAGGCUAUCAGGAGAACACUUGCAAGGAAACAUUAACAAGAAUGAUGAGAUUAGAAACUUGGAUCGAAAUUCACAUUCCAGAAGGGCUUUGGAAGGAGAAAAUUCUGAUGGAUGGGGAGGAGUGAUGAAUUCUAGCCAUUCUCCUGAAAACAACAGGAUCCUUCCCAAUAGGUAUAAAAGGAGUCGCAGCCGGAGCCACAGUAGAGGCAGAGGUAGAAGUAGGAGCCGGAGCAGGAGCAGGAGCAGAGGCAGGUACAGGAAUAGAGACCAGAGGAGCAUGAGUAGAAGUCCACUUCCUGAGCGUAGGCAGGAACCCCAUGGUGGGGCUGGAUUUUCAUCUCAGGCUUGUAGAGACUUUACCUCUACAGGCAAAUGCAGGAGAGGAAACCAAUGCAGGUUUCUUCACGAUGAUAAUAGCAUUGUUCAACAAGGUGGGCUAAGAAUUGAGAAAGACCGAUCAGAAAGAUGGAAUAGACAAGAUGGUGGAAAUAGUCAUUAUCAGGGAGAGAAGGAUGCACCUUUCAGGAAUAGUGGCAGUAAUUCAGCACUUCCUUGUCGCGAGUUUCUGAAAGGUAGGUGUCAUAGGGGUUCGUCAUGCCGGUACCCGCACCAUGAUGCUUCUGGCGAGACCACCAUGGGAAGAAGCCAUAGAAGUUCGUAUAUUAAUGAACAGGAUGAUAGGGAGAAGCCAAGCAGAAACAGUAAACAACCAUGCAAAUACUUCAUGAUGGGUAAAUGCCACAAGGAUAAUUGCAGUUUCUCCCACGAUGCGCCGAUUCACAAUAGCUUCGAGAAAAAGCCACAAGAUGACAGAUGGUCGCAACCUGAAUCUGAUACGAAACUUUCAACUGGUGGUUGGGUGGACAUGGAUCGUGGAGGAUUGUAUACCGACCCAACUAUUGGACUUUUUACUCAUGGUACGUGGGAGGAUUACGUAAAAGCGGAUGUUUCCAAUUGGGGAGGACCAUCUGAUGUGUUAGGAUUACCUGCUGGAAAUUUGUCAGUGAAUGCUGAAAAGCUUGAUAAAGCUGCCAAUGGAAAUGAAAGUGUGUCUUCCUUUAGUAAUGGAAUAUCUAGGGUUGCUCAUGUAGAAGACAAAAGGCCUGAUGCCCCAUUAGCCCCAUUAGUAGACUAUGCAAAUCCAGUUAAUAAUGCCUUGGGAUCUUACAGCAGCGUGAUUCCAUCUCCUUUGCCGCGUAAUUUCCCACUAGUAAAACCAGACACUGAGAAGAAGGUUGCGGAAAGUGAGCAGAAUGAGCAAGUAAGCAAUUUUCUACCGUCCAUAACCCAUAUACUUGAUCCAGAACAACUUCCUCAACUGUACGCUGCUCUAAAUCCCCCAAACUCUUCUAUUCCACCGAUGCCCUCUUUUCCUCCUAUUACCUCCAUGGAUGCUCAACCAAUUCCAACAGCUCUCUUGCGUAGAAAUUAUAGUGAAUUGGAGAGUGACCAAAAAGAUGGUUCUGCUAUCCGGUCUGAGUUAUUAAGCCAAGUUAAGAAUAAUGGUAGUGAUGAGGAUGAGAAUCAGGUGGUAAUAGCAAACACAUUGACUGGGGAGAAAAAUCAAUCUGUAGUUCCAGUUAGCAAGGAAGAGCAAGAUAAGGAUGGCAGGGGAAAUUUAAAUGUGGAAGGUAAAGGUAAAGAAACUACUGUUAAUGAGAAAGAUGAGAAGGCGCUUAAGCUGUUCAAAGUUUCACUUGUGGAAUUGGUUAAGGAGGUCUUGAAACCCAAAUGGAAAGAAGGUCAUAUGAGUAGGGACAGUCACAAGACUAUUGUGAAAAAGGUUGUUGAUAAAGUCACUGGCUCUCUUCAAGGGGAUAAUAUCCCUAAUACACCACAGAAGAUUGAGCAAUACCUUUCGUACUCCAAGACUAAGAUUUCAAAACUGGCUGAGGCAUAUGCUGAUCGAUUAAAGAAGGGUUCUUGAAACAGGGAGCUGUAGUAGUCUUGUUUAUCUUAUUACAUGUUUUCAGAUUGGACAAAGAAAAGGGGAGCUUUUUAUGCUAGACUUGUUUAGCCCUAUAUAGAUAGAAGAAGAUGUUGAUGAAUUAUAUAGAGAUUUUUGCAAUUCAUUCUGUUUGUUUUUCAGAUUUUGUACUUUAGUUUUAAAACUGUUUGACUGAAUCUUUCUUUAUCUUGACUUGUAGAUAGAUAUCACUGAGGAUUAAAAUAUUGAUGGUGUUUCAUU